AUGGCUUUCUGGGGAAUUGAAGUAAAACCAAGCAAACCCUAUAUCCAUCGGUACGACAAUGAGAGGGGAAGACUUCAUAUAUCUCAGGCAACGCUGGGUAGUGGUUCUUCAACUAAGAAGAGCAAAGUGCAGUGUAAUGUGGGAGAUAAAAGCCCCAUCUACUUAUGUUCGUUGUUACCUGAAAUACUCGAGACUUGCACGUUGAAUCUCGAGUUUGAGGAGGAAGAGGAUGAAGUGACGUUCUCAGUUAUUGGCCCUCACAGUGUGCAUCUCUCCGGUUUCUUCUAUGGUGAAACUGAUCAGGACAAAUUUGGAGAUGAUUCUGGGUCCGAUGCUUAUGAAGAGAAUAUCGUGGGGACUGAUUCUGAAGAUGAAGAUGAGGAUGGUGUCUUUAUUGAUGAUGAUGAUGAUGAUGAUGAUCUUGGCAUAUUCCCGCCUUCUCCUGUCCCCAACAGUGGAGUGAUAAUAGAAGAAAUAGUGGAUGAUGAGAAGCCUGUCAACGAGAAUGAUGUGUCUAAACGGUCAAAAAAGAAGAAAAGUUGGUCGAACAUGUCUGAUGAUAACGUGGAUUCUGAUCAGCAGCUUGUGGUGAAGAGUGGACAUGAUGUUCCUGUCUUGGAAAGUGAAGAUGAAGAUGGUUUUCCAGUAUCUACAAGCGGAGGCAAAACUCAUUUUUCUAACUCCAUAUCAAAAUCAGAACAAUUCAAAGAUGAUAAUGCAGAUGAGGAAUCCCAGGAAAAGAAAUCAAAAACUGAAGCGAGCAAAAAAUUGAAAAGAAAGAUUGAUGCAGUUGGUCAAGAUGGAGAACAUGAAAGGGAUAAUCACACACCCCAUGGCUCUUCAGAUACACCUGAUAAUUUGUCUCAAAAUGAUGCUAAACAAAAGAAAAAGAAUAAGAAGAAAAAGGUAACAAAGGAGGCUCAGGAAACUGUUGUUGCAGAUUCCAAUGAUGCUGAGCAGCUGCCAACGGCUGUGAUGGAAAAUGACCUGAAGCCAACAAAUGAGAAGAAGAAACAAAAAAAGAAAAAAAAACAGAAUAAAACACAGGAGAUUGCAUCGAACACGAAUGAAGAUAAAAGUUUAACAGAUAAAAAUGGAUCCACCGUGGAGAAGGAAGAGAAGCAAGAAGCUAAAUCAUUGCAAGUGAGGACGUACCCAAAUGGAUUGGUCAUAGAGGAGGUGGCCAUGGGUAAACCAGAUGGGAAGAGAGCUUCUCCAGGGAAAAAGGUUAGUGUCCAUUACAUUGGGAAGCUGAAGAAGAAUGGCAAAAUAUUUGACUCUAAUAUUGGCAAGGCACCCUUCAAAUUUCGUUUGGGUAUAGGACAAGUUAUCAAAGGAUGGGAUGUUGGGGUUAAUGGCAUGCGUAUUGGGGACAAAAGGAGACUCACAAUUCCACCUGCCAUGGGUUACGGAGCUAAAGGAGCUGGUGGGACUAUUCCACCGAAUUCAUGGCUGAUAUUUGACGUUGAGUUGGUAGAUGUAAAUUGA